GGCAGCUCCUGACAAACUGUAAGGUGUGGUUAUUAUUAUGAAAAAUCGAAGAAACUGGUUUGGAAAGGGUUAAGUGGAGACUUUGCCUUCCAGCCAGAAGCGAAUCAGGGCUGGCAGGGGAGGAGCCAGGCUGCCGCUGGGAAAGGAAUCCAGACCAGCCAGAUGCAGCCUGGAGAGGGAGCAGAGGGAGACACUGGCAGGGACUUGGGGCUUGGGGCAGGGGCUGGGGCAGGAGACCUGGCCUCUGCACCGUGAUAGCUCCAAGUCAGAGGGUACAGGGCCAGCUGCCAGUGCUCAAGGGAGAAGAGGCAGCACUACGGGAGUGGGGACAGUGGCAGGGAGGAAGAUGACCAGGACCCAGAGCCCUCCCAGCCCCCCAGGCAGGGGGCACCAGCCGCACCAAGGCCCUGACCCCAGCUGGCCCUGAUGGCCUACAUGGGGUGCAGGGUCUAAUUUUAGCUCCAACCGCAGGGACCACAGUCCAGGAGUGCCUGCCAGCAGGCACAGGGGCAGCCAGGGCUGCCUAGGCAGGAGUGCCCUGAGGAGACCAGCCCUGCUUCCUUCCAGCCCUGCACCCUGGCCAAACUGCCCCCUGGGGAGUCCUCACGGGUCCCCCAUGGCCUGGCAGACAGCCCUCCUCUCAGACAAGGGCAGAGUCAGGGGGUGCAGCUGGAGGGACAGAAGGCCACAGCCUUGCAGCCUGGACAGGGGUUGCAUCAGCCUGAGCAGUGCCCUGGAGCAGGGGGGCUGUGGGAAGGGCAGAGGCUAGCUUGGCUGUCCAAAGGCCAAGGAAGCAGAGUGCUGACCACAGGAAGGCAAGGUCAGGAAGCUGGGUCUUACCUGGCCUCUUAUGCCUGGCCUCAGUCUUCCUAUCUGUACAAUGAGGGCGCUGGACUAGAAGACUGAUCCUAGCACCGGCCACCCACCCUCAGGCCCCUGCUCUUUCUGCUUCCUAGCCAAGGCCUCCUAGCUUCCCCCAAACCAGGCUGUGGGUGGCCACAUGCAGUCCUGGAGAAGAAAGUCCCUUUGGCUGGCACUGUCAGCCUCCUGGCUCCUCCUCGUCCUCCUGGGGGUCUCCCCACUUCUCCGCCUGGCUGUGCCCCCGAGACCUCUGCCAGGAGCCCCUCAAGGCUGGCCCCGCUGGCUAGAUACGGAGCUCCUACAGAGCUUUUUCCAGCCUGGGGAGCUUCCAGAAGAAUCCCCUCGACCUUCCCGAGCCCCCAGCAGCAACGGCUGCAGCUGGGAAGCCUGCUUUGACACUUCCCAGUGCAGGGGUGGUAGCCUCAAGGUGUUCGUGUACCCUGCGGCAGAACCAACCUCUGAGAUUCAUCGCCGGAUCCUGGCUUCCAUCGAGGGCUCCCGCUACCACACAUCCAACCCUGGUGAGGCCUGCCUCCUCCUUUUCCUCAGCCUAGACGCCCCUGCUGCAGAGGCCAGCCCAGUGCCUCCACAAUGGAAUGGGGGCAAGAACCAUCUGGUCUUCAGUCUCCACCCAGCCCCCUGCCCCAAGACCUUCCAGCUGGGACAGGCCAUGGUGGCUGAGGCCAGCCCCACAGUAGACACCUUCCGGCGUGGCUUCGACGUGGCUCUCCCACUUCUCCCUGAAGCCCACCCAUUUCGAGGUGGGGCUCCUGGCAAGCUGCAGCAGCAUAGCCCCCACCCUGGGGAGACCCUGCUAGCCCUGGCAGAGGAGAGAGGUGGGUGGCGCACAGCAGGCACCGACUCCUCCACAUGCCUCUGGGAUGGGCGCUAUGAGCAGGACCCUGGACCUACGCAGACCCACCCCAGGGGAACGCUGCCCAACGCCACCUUCUGCCUCAUCCCAGGCCGCCGCUCUGAUGCCUUACGUUUCCUCCAAGCCCUGCAGGCUGGCUGCAUCCCUGUGCUUCUCAGUCCCCGCUGGGAGCUGCCCUUCUCCGAGGUCAUCGAUUGGACCAAGGCGGCCAUUAUAGCUGACAAGAGGCUCCCACUACAGGUCCUAGCUGCCCUUCAGGAGAUGCCCCCUGCACGGGUCCUUGCCCUGCGCCAGCAGACCCAGUUUCUAUGGGAUGCCUACUUUUCCUCAGUGGAGAAAAUCGUCCACACCACUCUGGAGACUAUUCAGGACCGGGUGUUUGGAGCCUCUGCCCACCCCUCACUGAUGUGGAACAGCCCUCCAGGAGCACUCCUGGCCCUGCCUACUUUUUCCAGAAGUCCCCGGGACUUCCCUUUCUACCACCUGCAGCAGGGCUCCCAUCCUGUGGGCAGAUUCAGCGCCCUGAUCUGGGUGGGGGCCCCAGGCCAGCUCCCCCUGAAGCUCAUCCAGGCGGUGGCAGGCUCCCAGCACUGUGCCCAGAUCUUGGUUCUCUGGAGCAGUGAGAGGCCACCCCCACCUAAGGAGAAGUGGCCCAAGACGGCUGUCCCCUUGACGGUCACUGAGGGGCACAGGAAGGUCAGUGAUCGCUUCUUCCCACACGGCACCAUCAGCACUGAUGCCAUCCUCAGCCUCGAUGCCCACACCAGUCUUUCCACAAGUGAGGUAGACUUUGCCUUUGCGGUGUGGCAGAGCUUCCCAGAGCGGAUGGUGGGCUUUCUGACGUGGAGCCACUUCUGGGAUGAGGCCCAGGGUUGCUGGGGCUACACUGCUGAGAGGGCCAACGAAUUCUCCAUGGUUCUCACCACGGCCACCUUCUACCAUAGAUAUUACCACACUCUGUUCACCCACUACCUGCCCAAAGCUCUAAGGAGCCUGGCAGAGGAGGCACCCACCUGUGUGGACGUCCUGAUGAACUUCCUGGUAGCAUCAGUAACCAAGCUGCCCCCCAUCACGAUGCCCUAUGGGAAGCAGCACCAGGAGGCCAGACCUCCACUGGCAUCUGGGGGCUCAGGGCCAGAGCCGCAGCCCCCCGACCCGGACUGCAUCAAUUUAAUGGCGGCAGGGUUUGGCCACAUGCCCCUGGUGUCCUCUCGCCUUCGCCUGGACCCGGUGCUCUUCAAGGACCCGGUAUCCGUGCUGCGCAAGAAGUACCGCAGCCUGGAAAAGCCCUAGGAAGGACAAGUGGAGACCCGAGCCCUGUUCCUAGGGGCUCUGCACCUGCCUUAGGGGCUCAGCCCCUCUGCCUUGGGACAUCUGAGAAUCAAUGAGGCAGCUAGUUGGCUAAGCGUCAGAUCCCUGUUGGCCAAUCCCAGCCAUAGCCCUCCCAUCUGUGAGGGGCAGGGCCUCUACCCUCCCCAAAAGCCUCUGCAGGCAGUGCCCCGGUGCCCUGCGCUUGCCCUGGGACGCUAGGCCUUUGCAUAUGUCGAUCCCUUUGCCUAAAAUGCCUUUCUCUGCUUCUCCACCAAGCUAACAUCUACUUGCCUCACCCCCUCCAGGAACUUGCCUGACCCCCAUUCCCGCCCCCGGAUGGGGUUAGUCUCCUUCUUGGUGCUCCCACAGCCCAGUGUUUCCCUGCAGUCCCGGCUCUGUUCUUGUUGCCUUGCAAUGUUUACACCGUCAUGGCCCAGGAUUGACCUGUGAGAGCCGAGAGGACUGGGUCGUGCCCUCUUCUUCUUGACCAUGCAGGUGCACGAUAAAUAUUUGAGGAACACAUAGAUGGAACACUUAACUGGGCGCCUGCUGCGCGCCUGGCCCUGUGCCGGCGGUGGCCAGAGCGUGGACAAGGUGCAGCGUGAGAGACAAAACUCCGCCCCCCGCCUCCAGGGUUCUUGGAGGAAAACAUCUACUCACAGAUGCCUGGGUUGCCAGCGCAAUCCUCACGCCCCAGGAAGGAGCAAAAGGUGACGGGAGGCCAGUUUCGGGGCUUCUAUCGGUCCGGGUGUGGGGAGAGAAAGGGAGUGGGAACGUAGGUGGUCGGCCCCAGCCGGGCCUGGGACCCUCUGUUCUGGCUCGGCGGCCCGCCCUGCAUUACCAGCGUGGACCACUAGAGGACAGCCACGCCGCGCUCCUUUCCCCGAAAGCGGAUGUUUUUUCGCACCCACCCAGUCAGAGGGCGGCGGCGGGGACGUGGAGGGGUUCUUGGCGAGUGCAGCCCGAAGUCUGAAAACUCGGGUGAGGAAUCUGAAAGAACAGCCCCGCCCCUUUUGCCCCGACACUUGGGACUCAGUAAGAAGGGGCCGUUUCUAGGUGGGCUGAGUGGGCGCAGGGGCUUUCUAGAAUGCCCUGGCGGUAAGGGUGGAGUGAGGGAGGGGAUGCUGGGUUCUCCCGCGUUCACCCACCUGGAACUGGAAUUAUCACUUCGGAAAUAAAGCGCGUGUCCUUGCUUCUCA